AGGAAAACAAGACAGAAAACGAAAGGAAGAACAAGAGAAAAAACGAGUUCAACAAGCAACUGCAGCAGUGCCCAAGCCUGCUUGCAAGCACAAGCAAACAAGAGAUGUCUGAUGUCCAGUUGCUUGAUUCUGUUCAAAUGGAGACCAAGGAUGUAACCAUUGGAGAACUCAAGAAAACCAUCAAGGUGUUGCUGCCGGGAAUGUUUGCUAAUGUUGACACAAAAGAUCUUGUAAUGUGGAGAGUUAAUAUUCUCAAGGAUAAUGAGGAAAAGAUUGAGCAACUUCAAAACAAUGAGAAAACCAUUGAAGAGUCAGGUGGCAUCAAGAUAAAACAUAUGACAAAGCAAGUUGGAGAGAUGUUUGGUACUCCUGCUUUGGGAUCCAUCCACAUCAUUGUUGAGUGUCCCA